ACGGCACGUAAUUUAGUACAAAUGAUAUCCCACUGUGCUGCAUUCAACUGUCACUGACAUUUGCAAUGAAACGAAGUGAAGAAAAAAAACACAUAGGUACACAAGUCACAAAAGGAAAGCAGACAACAAAAGUAAAGUAAAGAAAUUCGAAAAAUCUUAAUAUAAGAAUCCCUGUCAUUGGCUCAACAUCCUUGCCCGCUUGUUCGCUUUGAAAACUAUCACUGGGAUUCGAUGGAUAUCAGUAAAAAGUAAAUGAACAAAGCAAAUCCCACAGCCACCUGCAGCACACCAGUGUCAUAUUGUUGUGAAAAAUAGACACAAAAAAAACCCCAGAUAAUAAAGAGGAACCGUGUCUGUAGAAGGAGCUGGCACGGUGCAUGUGAAAUCAUCUGUACAAGGAGAUGUUUUGUCCCUGGAAAAACAAAAAUCCAAAACAUCGUAGAGCAUGAACAUCCGACUGUGUAGGAACCAUCGACUAACAACAGCUGCUUACAUGUCUGUUGUCGGAGCGCAGUUGGCUAUCUGUUCUGCUGCAUGCGAAAUUGUUGUCUGGUGAUUAGCACGUUCACAGACGGGGUAACGAAAUUUAGCAUCCUUACCGUGUUGUUGCACUGAAAGUACAAGCAGUGUUACGAUUGUAAUUAUUUCACGAUAAAUGUCCGGUGAAUCUUCGCGAAGAUCCGCUCGUAGCUUCAUACAGUGCUUGCUGAAUUUUCGCUAGUGUGUGCAUCGCUGUUCUACCAGUACCGUCCAGAUUAAAUACUAAGCGGGAAGCAUUCUUGUUGAAACUGAUCUCGCCUAUUUAUACUCUUGUCUACAUCGUGUGAGUGUGCCGGCGUUUAAAAAAAGCCCCCUGUUCAAACGACCAAAUUCCUGCCUGUAAAGCUUUCCCCCCCUCUUUCCCGACUGCACAAAGUUGACCGAUUCACACCGUGCGGGAAGUGUAGCAGAAAGAGCAUCCGAGCGAUUACACCCAAAUCGGAAUUGUCGAGGAACACCUACGCAAAAUUGUUCCCACGUGUUUGGACGUGUGCGCGCGUUCAGCUCGUUGCGGUCCCCCAUUGUGUGAGCGGAGGUUGAAUGUGUGAUGUUCUCAAACGGGCUUCCGUGCAAUUUAGCAUUCCCUAGCUGUCUCGGUGUGCCAAAGGAUAGUGGAAGCGACGAGCUGCUGCCGACGAGCAUGGGAAGCCGCGAACCUGUCAUUCUCAAUGUGUACGAUAUGUACUGGAUCAACGAGUAUACCACCUCAAUCGGCCUAGGUGUGUUCCAUUCGGGUGUGGAGGUGUUUGGGACGGAAUUUGCCUACGGUGGCCAUCCGUUUCCAUUCACCGGUGUGUUCGAAAUAUCGCCCCGGGAUCACGAUGAGCUAGGAGACCAGUUUCGGUUUCGACAAAGCAUUCAGAUCGGAUGUACAGAUUUUACCGAGGAAGAAGUACGGCGCAUUGUAGAAGAGCUGGGCAACCAGUUCCGCGGUGAUCGGUAUCAUCUAAUGAACAACAACUGUAAUCACUUUUCCGGCGCAUUGACACAGAUUCUUUGCGGUCAGGAAAUUCCCAGCUGGGUGAAUCGGUUAGCACACUUCAGCUCGUGCGUACCCUUCCUACAACGCUGUUUACCAAAAGAAUGGCUAACGCCAAAUGCCUUACAACAAUCGAUAACCGCCAUACAGGAUCGUGACUCCGAUUCGAGUCCAUUUUGAGAGUAGCACCGUUUGGCACGUCAUGAAGAUACCUCCUCCACUACUUUAAUGUCUACUUUAAACACUACGACACAGAACGGGACUACUAUUGCUACCAUUUCCACCUUCGUCCCUACAUAAAACCGUUAUCGCGGGAUAUGUGGCUGCGCGUCCAUCUUACUUUUUAAUGCUUUACGCUACUUCUAAUUACAACUCUGCUUAUUAUGCCACACACAUCUAUCACGGGUUUGUCAUAUCGUGGUGAAAAAUUCAAAAUACGAUCUAUAGUACAGUUUUAUUGCAAGAUCAAAUUGACAGAGUAAAAAAACAAUCUUCCACGAAUGACCGAUCGCAGGCGACCGAUAUGUUUUACUUUUCUAGAUAUUGCUUUUCUUUCUGUUGCUUAUCUGAAAUACGGCCUACGUUUGUGGAAAAUUGCCGAUUGGGAAGUAGUCGUGUUUUUGGUAGAAUAUAUUAGCUCGCAUUUUUAUAUUGUCGUUAGCAGAUGCGAUACAUAACGAGCGAAUGGAAAGGGGACAAUGAUUUUGACCAAAUGUUUUCCAUUUAGUUACUACAGAUUUCAUUACAACAAAUCAACGAGUGAGAAUCAUUCGCCUUUUUAUUUCUUCAAACAACCGUUUGAGAGCUCUUUCUAGUAGGAAACUGUUUUAAAUCAAUUAAUACUAAGUUGUGCAAUUUUACUCGACUGGAGCAUCUAACUAAACCGUUUUUGAGUUUUUCUUUUUUGGCAAAACAAAUUCAAAAAGCUACGAACAACUGUCUUCAAAAUAACCAUUAAACGAAACCAUAGACUGUCGAACGUGUUUCCGCAGGAACCAACUCUCAUCCACAGACACACAAGCA